AUGAAUGAAAAAUGGGUAAAAGAUGGUAAAGAAGUUAUAAACCAGAAAGACAGAUAUGACCACCAUCAAGAACGUAAAAGCAUGAACUUUAAAAUAGCUGAUGGCUCAGACAUUGAACAAGCAAAAUCCGAUACUAAUAACCAAACUGGUAAUGAAAUCAAUCCUUACUCAAGCGUCCGACGAAUUACAUGGAAGCAAUGUCAGCUUUGCAAAAUUAACGAUCGUAUAGAAUCGAUCAUACUUCGAGGAAGUAACAUACUUCGCGAAUCAACAGCAGAUCCAGUAGCUUUAAAGACUUCUAAUAAUGACUCAGAUGAACCUACACAUAUCAGUAGCCGAUCAAAAUCUUGGCAAAAAUUCUCUUUAAGUGCUAUUGCUAUCAUGGUAGUGUUAGGCCAAAUGGCUAUUUUAAUAGCUAUAUUAUAG